GCGGCGCGUGUUGUAUUUACAGAUUUCUUGCGUUUGUUCAUCAUUAAUUAAUUGAAAGUAGAAUAAAAUAUAUUGUUGUGUGAGAAACAAUGGCUUCGAUUAGCUUGUUAAACCCAAAGGCUGAAUUUGCGCGCGCCGCACAGGCUCUUUCCAUCAACAUCAGCGCCGCCAAGGGCCUGCAGGAUGUGAUGCGUACCAAUUUGGGGCCGAAGGGCACAGUGAAAAUGUUGGUCUCUGGCGGCGGCGACAUCAAGAUCACCAAGGAUGGUAAUGUUCUAUUGCAUGAAAUGCAGAUUCAACAUCCCACUGCAUCGAUGAUUGCACGCGCCAGCACUGCCCAGGAUGAUUCCACUGGUGAUGGCACCACCUCGACGGUGAUGCUGAUUGGUGAGCUGCUGAAACAAGCUGAUCUCUAUCUGUGCGAGGGCUUGCAUCCACGCAUUAUGACCGAAGGCUUUGAGAAGGCACGCGACAAGGCACUGGAGGUUCUUGAGGCGGUCAAGGUGCCUGUCGAGAUCAACAAAAAGACUCUCACAGAAGUGGCCAACACAAGCUUGAAGACUAAAGUGCAUCCAGCGCUCGCCAAUUUACUGACCAGCGUGUGCGUAGAUGCCGUCAUGACCAUCAGCAAUGAGAAGCAGCUACCUGUUGAUCUGCACAUGGUCGAAUUGAUGGAGAUGCAGCAUAAGACCGAUACGGACACGCAGCUGGUGCGUGGCCUGGUCAUGGACCAUGGUGCACGUCACCCUGACAUGCCCAAGCGUCUGGAGAAAGCUUACAUCCUGACUGCCAAUGUGUCGCUGGAGUACGAGAAGGCCGAAGUGAACUCUGGUUUCUUUUACAAGACCGCCGUGGAGCGUGAAGCGUUUGUGCGUGCUGAGCGCGAGUUCAUCGACCAGCGCGUAAAGAAGGUUAUUGAGUUGAAACGUCAGGUGUGCGAUGGCACCGACAAAACAUUCGUCUUGAUUAACCAGAAGGGCAUCGAUCCCAUGUCCCUGGAUGCCUUGGCCAAGGAAGGCAUCCUGGCUCUGCGUCGUGCCAAGCGCCGCAACAUGGAGCGUUUAGCUUUAGCCUGCGGUGGCACGGCUAUGAACUCGUUCGACGAUCUGCAGGAGGAACAUCUGGGCUAUGCUGGCGUUGUUUACGAGCAUGUGCUUGGUGAGAACAAAUACACGUUUGUCGAGGACUGCAAAAAUCCGAUGUCGGUGACCAUUCUGAUCAAGGGGCCCAAUAAGCACACCAUCACUCAGAUCAAGGACGCCAUUCGCGAUGGUCUGCGUGCAAUCAACAAUACGAUUGCAGACAAGGCGUUGGUACCCGGCGCUGGCGCUUUUGAGAUUCGUGCCUAUAAUGAGCUUACCAAGUACAAGGACACAAUUAAGGGCAAGGCUCGCCUUGGCGUGCAGGCCUUUGCUGAUGCACUGUUGGUGGUGCCCAAAACAUUGGCCAUAAACAGUGGCUACGAUGCACAAGAGACCAUUGUUAAGUUGACGGAAGAAGAUCGCCUGAAUCCCGAAUUGGUGGGUCUAGAUCUGAGCACAGGUGAGCCCAUGAAACCUGUCGAUAUGGGUGUUUACGACAACUACAUUGUGAAGAAGCAGAUCCUCAACUCCUGCUCGAUUAUUGCCAGCAAUUUGUUACUGGUCGACGAAGUGAUGCGCGCGGGCAUGACGAGCCUCAAGGGCUAGUGUUGAACUUUCCAUCUCGCACAACAUAACUUAUUAUUAACCAAGUUGUCUCACACACAUAAACACACACACACAAGUCACACACACAUUUAAACGGAUAUAUGUAACUAACAAAAAAAAUUCAAUAUCGCGCUCUGUAUUCGAUCCCCAAACAACGCUGAAGAACAACAAAUGGAUAGAAUGGUUCAACUUAAUAUGUGCUCUUUCUUUUUUUAUACAUAAAGAACCUUAACACUAAUAAUUACUUAAUACAGAACCAUUGGUUUAAAAAAAAUAUA